AUGGAUCUUGCGAUACCUCCCAGAACUCCUAAGGUUCAGGAGCACUCUCCACAAUUCUCGCCGUUGUCUCCCCCACCAUGGAGUCCCAUCACACCUCCGCGGCUUGUCAAAUUGGAGCCAGAGCCAAAGCUUAUUUUUGACAGGAUGUCAUUUGUCAAUGAUCAACAAACUCGCUUGUUUAGAGACCCGAGAGCGGCUUUACUCUUGCACACCUAUGAGGCGGCGGAUACAUUGUACCCCAACACCUACUACUCACAUCUUGCCCCGCAGGGAGCUCACAUCUUACGCCAUGGGCAGGCAGCCCAAACAGGACGUAAUCCUCAAGAAGGUGACUUCAUGGCUGUCAAUCUUGGAGACCUUGAUGUGUGGCUUGGGCAUGGCUAUGGAGGCAAAGUCAUGCUUUUACGGGAUAGACCAUGGUCAACUGGGCGACCGGCCACAACAUCAGUCGAUAUGCUGCAUGAAGCUGUGGCUAUCGACCCUGAAAUGCUUAUCGAUGUUCAGGAUUAUGGCCAGACCUACUCGGAUGACUAUCCCGCGGUGCGGUCGCUGAAACUUCAAGAAGCAAUAGCCCGAAUGAGAGACCGGAACCAGGCACCGAUAAAUGCUCUUAAUAUAGAAUGCAAAGAGGAACUUCUGAUUCCCCCACCGCUAGUUAAGCACUGUAGAGAGCUCGCGAAUGCCACCCGUUAUGCCUCUUCUCAGGCCGUCCGGCUUGCAGGACACCUGACCGAGAUCGGGAAGAAGACCACUGAGACGAUCCAUACGUAUGCAGUUGAUAUUCAGUCAUGCAUCAAGUUCCAGAUCAAUGGUCAAGCAGGAGCGUUCUCCUCCUGGCAUAUGGACAACAUGGGAGUCUACACAUGGGUGACUUUAGAGCCAAAUUCAGAAUACACAUUGGACUCCGCUGCUGCAGACUCUGAGAUUGCAGCUGCUCAUUAUGACAACUACUUUUCAACACCCGAGGACGAAUCUGUACUCAAGCUCUGGGCAAUAAUCGUCACCAAGACGCCCGAGGAAGACAUGGAGGCUCGAGCGGGAUUCAGCAAGCAUGGCGAAGACUGGCUGCCCAACCCCAAAUGGAUCAAGGUCAUCGCCUUGACCCGUUUCGACACACUAAUAAUGCCACCGGGCACGAUCCAUGCUCCGAUCACAGUGACAGACUGUCUCUUCCGCGGUGGCAUGGUCAUGCAGAAACGAUUCAUGAAAGAUACGAUGCGGCACUGGAAGUUCUGUUCACAAUACCCAUUCUGCACAAACGAGAAAGCACCCAAGCAAACGAGGUCGGUAAUAGAUUACCUGGAAAGAGUCAUACUGGCAAAUCCGAAGGAGUACGGUUUUGGAGACGACUUUGAUGCGGCGCUGUUCAAGGAGGACUGUAAGAGGAUAUCUGCUGUAGCGUUGAGUUGUUCGUGUAAAUCUGGCUGUACGGGACGAGGAUGCAGUUGUAUGACGUACGGGCAGAGGUGUGGUCCAGGAUGUCAUAAGGGAAAGAAAUGUGCCAAUCCUUGUGGGGUCCAUGAGACUGGUCCUCUUGCACCAUCAAACCCAGUUUCAUCACCAGCACCAGCACCAAGACCAGCAGAGAUUUUUACACCAAAGUUGGAACCACCUCCAAUCUUGCCACCUGGAUCAGCACCAGCAAGAAUCUUGUAG